AUGUCGGUUGGUUUGGAUUUCCAGGAGUCUCGGUUGAGGUCGAUAGUCGAACCUUUCGAAAGUGGCAAUUAUAAAAAGGCACUCCAAGAGGCAAAUAAAAUUCUCAAAAAAACACCAAAUUGCACGUCAGCAAAGGCACUUAAAGCACUCACACUCCAUAGAUCUGGAAAAAUUACUGAAGCCAAUCUGCUAGCUGACGAACUCAUUAAGUCAUACCCCACUGAUGAGUCUACACUUAAUGCCAUCAUGUGUUAUUUUCGGAAAACUGGACAGGGCGAAAAAAUAGCUGAGUUCUUAAAACGUUCUCUUGAAAGGUCACCUAACAGAGAAGAUUUGUUGGUCUGUUUAUUCCUUCAUCAUGUUCAGGAAAGGAACUUUUCUGCACAGCAAGCAACUGCUAGGCUUCUUUUACAAAAAUUCCCGUCAAGUGCGUUCAACUACUGGGUUAUAAUGAGCACAAUAAUGCAAGCCGAGUCAAAUCCUAUAAUGGGACAUCGUAUGUAUUUGCCGCUGGCGGAGAAGAUGCUAAUCAGGGAAGCCGAGAACGGAAAAAUGUCUAGACAUUCUGAGCUUCAGGUGCUAAUAGAAUUACUUGCUCGCCUUCAAAAGCAUGAAGAAGCUUAUAAACUUCUUAGUCGAAAAGACAUUACAGAUCGUAUAAAUAACGAGGACUACAUUUGCGAUUACUCUUCCAUGAAGCUCAGUUUGUUAGCUCAUUUGGACAUAUGGGAUGAUCUUUAUGAGUUGGCAAAAUCCCAAACACAAAUCAACCCAGACGACUGGACACCAUGGAAAAAACUAAUUGAGACGUCUUUAAAAGACAUACAGCGUGUAGAAAAAGUUAUGUCGUUAAUCGACAUCGCCAUAACGAAUCAUCCUUAUAAUCGUGGUCCUCAAUUGGCGCGUUUGGAUAUGUAUGCGAACCUGUUACAGUUGGGAAUGCAUCUUGUUUAUAAUCAUAAUCCAUUGACAUUCUUGGAGGAUUACUUUAAUACAUUCUCUCAUAAGCCCAUAUGUUCUAUGGAUUUGGCUUACCUUUUACGUAUGGUUUUACCAAAUCUGGAUGAUCAAAUCAAGUAUAUUAAUUUUGUUAUGGAGGUUGCUGAGACAGAUCUGAACUUCACAAACAAAGAAGAUAAGACCAUUUAUCGUCAUCUGUGCGCUCACCAGAUAGCACGUGCUAAUAAUCAAGGAGCUUCUUUACAGUCAUUACUUCGUUACUACUUUGGAUAUGCCCCAGAUCGUAGUGAAGUUUUACUAAAGAAGUUAAAAGAUGUUGCUGUUAAUAAUGAAACAACUCCUAUUGACCUUUAUCCAGUUGAUGGAUUUUUGCUAUUAUCUUUAUCCUCGCUUUUGGAAACAUCCUCUCCGGCUUAUGAGUGUUCUUUCUCUCUCGGAACUGGACUUCUUUCUCUUUACUGGAUUUAUAUAAUCGGAUUACAACAUACAAAUCUUAAUCACCAUUUGCGCAUAAAAUUGUGUAAUUUAUACUCUUCAGAUUUUCUUAAUUGUCCUGAACUUAUAUUGCCCCAGUUAGACAAACUUGAAAUCAAGCAGUUGCUGUUCCUUUCACUAGGGCAUUUAAUUGUAAAACCCUCUCCAUCAUUGGCCAUGUGUACAAGUAUAGUGGCUACACAGUCACAAGUUGACGAUAGUAAUUCUAUACAUAGUCUUUAUCAGAAGAUUAUAACACUUUCCAACAGUAUGGUCACAGAAGCGGAAGAGUUUUUAGUUGCUGCAUAUCGAAAACAUGCCUAUACAAAAGUUCGUGAAUUCACACAAUUUAUCAGCCAACUUCAUAAUGCUGACGUAUUUCUAACUGUCCGUGUUGAAAUGCUUCAUUGGCAGUUGAUUGUUUCACAACAUGACUUUGAUACACUUCUUGAGCAACUCGGUCAGGCUCAAAUUAGUAUUGAUAAUGUUACAAAACAACUUCCGAUGAUUGUUGAUUGCCGGGACUUUUCAGUCACACCGAACUUUGAUCAAUAUGAACGAGUUGAAAACGUUCGAUUGUCAUUUGACCAUUUGAAAUCAUGGUUAAAUCUCCGUUGUUUAACUCUAAAUGCUAUUGUCUAUGCAACUUCGCUUGUAAUGUCAAUUGUAAAAGUUGAACAUUAUAUGAUUUCCGAAAGUCAGCAUGAAAUUGCAGAGAACGUACCACCAGAAUCUGUCAAAAGUUUAAACAGUCUGUUGUCGACAAUGAAUGAUCUCGAUUCACAGACCAAAGAACCAUCUACGAGAGAAUUAAGCAAUUUUAAAUUACUAUCAUGGAGUGUUAUGGUAAAACGUGAUCAAAUACUCAAAACAUUCCCUGAUUUGCCAGAUGUAUCAUGCGCUUCAUUAUAUUGCUACGGACCAUACCGAAGGGUUUUAUCUAUCGGUAUUGAACUUAUAUUGGGACUUCAUGGCCUGGUUUCCGAAAACUCUUCUGCUUUUACUAAGAAAUCUAUGGACUAUCUUCUUCGGUCCUUGUAUGAAUCCUUUUUGUCUGGACAGCUUACUUCUGAAGAUACAGACAUACCAAAGGUUUAUCCAGCUAUAAAUACUUCUUUACUGUCUUCGCCAAAAGAUGAUCAUUUGCCUAACGGGAUUUCUAGUGAUAACGAUUUUGUUCAUCCUGGUGGUGUUUUAUUAAUCCUGACAAUGUUUUAUGAAAGUAUUUCUUUGGCAACUUUGCUAGUAUCAAUGAUUCAAAGUGCCUUACGUCCUAGGAGCCAUUAUCAUCAUGAAAUAAAUAAAUAUCAAAAGAGAAAGAAUAAAAAAGAUAAAGUAAUAAACGCUAAUUCAAAUUAUUCUCCAAUUCUCAGUUUGUUAGACAAUUUCGCUGUUGGUUUAUACUAUACUACAACGAAAUUGGUAACUAUUACUGAUCAACUGGUAGAGGUUACCGAUUGUUGGUCUACUUGGUGUCAUGAUGUUUCAUGUAAAGAAUUUCAAUUGAUUGCUUCAAAUGCCUGUACACAUGUGCUGUCUGAAGAUUUCUUAGUACAGUAUCCUGUACUAAAACCACCUAAUUGUGCUUUUGAAGAGCUCAGUAACGUCUACGAGAAAAGUUUCAACCGAAUCGCAGCUGGUCUUCGUGUAAAAUCGUCUUGUCUUCAAAAUAUAACAACUGAAUUAGCCGUGUAUCAGUCUAGAACUCAUGAAAUAGUGUCUGUUCAGAAUUCAAAUUCUUCACCUUAA